AUGCAAAAAUCAGAAGAAGGAUUCACCUGGACUGCCAAAGGUGGUUCAGUAUGUGAAGGAUUGGCCACUGCGGCCGUUGUCCCAUCCACUCCACCGUCAGGCCUCUCUUUCGGAUAUGAUGUGAUUGUUGUCGGUGCGGGGUUUGCCGGUCUCACUGCUGCCCGCGACCUUGCUUUUAGAGGCAAAAGCGUGCUCCUCGUUGAAGCUCGAGAUCGCAUUGGCGGUCGUUGUUGGACUUCAGAGGUAGGAGACGAUACCAAGGUGGAGCUUGGUGGCACAUGGGUGCACUGGCAACAACCACAUGUAUUCAGCGAGCUGCAACGAUAUGACCUCGCUAAUUUUCAGGAAACUGUGGCGUUUCCUGAGAACGGUGAGUCCGUGGUCAAGGAAUCGCGGUCUCACCCUGCUAGAGAGCAGGAUCCUGCUGAAGGACAAGUCAUGCUGGAGCGACUAGAAGAACUAAUGGAGAAGUUCUUUGAUGUUGAUGGGCAAGGCGGGCGCAGUGUAAUCCAAUUCCCGUUUUGUACGGCUUCGAGUGUCGAACAGAAUCCGGACUACCUCGAACUGGAUAAACUCAGCCUAGCAGAUCGUAUUGCGCAGCUCGAUGGUUGCAGCCAGAAGGGAAGGUCAAUGCUUAGCGCGCAUACCGCUUCCUUCUAUGGCGUCUCGCCGGAAAAGGUUUCCUUUGCCGAAGUGCUUCAUACCCAUGCAUUAUGCAACUUUGAUCCUGCCAUGAUGGAGAUAGCCACCAUGAAAUACAAGAUCGCACGAGGCACCACGGCCUUCGCGCGCGCAAUCCUUGAUGACUACAAGGGAACCCGGAUCUUUGGUUCUCCUGUGACAUCGAUCACUCAGACAGGUGGAGAAUUCCCCGAUUAUCCUGUUACUGUCACCCUGAAAGAUGGAAAUCAGUUUAUGUCCAAAUUCGUCAUCUCGACAAUGCCCAUCAACGUGAUCUCAUCCAUCACCUUCGAUCCCCCUCUAUCUACACUCCAAAGGGAAGCUUUCUCCACCGGCGUUACCCCGGCAAAGUCAGAUAAGCUCCUUGUAUGCACAUCAUCCGAUCUUAAAAACGGCUUCAAUGUUACCUGUGAGGGAGGUGGUAUGCCCUAUGCAAGCGGCUUUGCAGAUGGAAAGCACGGCAACUACACCCUCCUAACUUUGCUUGCCCAUCCAGGUAACAAUCUGGACCGCUCAGAGGAGAGCAUCCGUCUGGUGGAGACUCUUCGACCCACGGGCAUACAGGUUGACUCUGCAUGUGGCCAUCUCUGGUCCGAGGAUCCAUAUGCUGGCGGGGUCAUGCCGGUUCGGGGACCUGGAUUCUUGCAAAAGUAUCAUGAUGCGAUAAGGAGGCCACACGGACAGGUGUAUUUCUGUGGGUCGGACUUUGCGGAUGGCUGGCGGGGGUUCAUCUCAGGUGCCCUUCGAAGACGCCUAUCGAGUCACUAG